AUGCUGCAGUGUUUGGAUUCGAACGACUUCAGCCACAUGGAAGGGGCGCUGGAUGCUCUGUUUAAGGUCCGGAUAUCCCCGGCCUGGCAGAAUGCCCCAUCACCGUCUUCCUGCCUCUCUUGUCCCCUCGUACCCCGCCCCAACCCCCCCCCCUUUGAACCUCAACCCAUCCUCAACCGAACCCCACCUCUCUGCACCUCUCAGAUGAGCGAGGACAUGCCGCUUCAGCUUGACAGGGACAUCCCCGGGCUGGCAGAGCGUCCCAUCACCGUCUUCCUGCCGCGCCUGCUGCAGCAAUUCGCCUCGCCGCACGCCAGCUUGAGAAAGAUGGCGCUGGGGAGCGUGAACCAGUUCAUUCUGCACAUGCCGCGGGUGCUGCUGGUGAACAUGGACAGCUAUCUGCAGGGCCUCUUUGCUCUCGGAUCCGACCCCAUCCCAGAAGUCCGCAGGCUGGUGUGCUCGGCUGUGGUCCAGCUUAUCGAGUUGCAACCUUCCUUCCUCCUGCCGCACAUGCGCAAUGUGAUCGAGUACAUGCUCGCCUCCACGCGGGACUCGGACCCUGAUGUGGCUCUGGAGGCGUGUGAGUUCUGGUCCGCCUACUGCGAGAACAACCAGUCGCCCGAGAUGCUGCGGGAGUUCCUGCCCCAGCUCGUGACGGUGCUGUUGACGAACAUGGUGUAUGCAGAUGACGAUGAGGCAGUCAUCGAUGCUGAGGAUGAAGGAGAUGCACCCGACUCUGAUCAGGAUCUCAAGCCGCGCUUCCAUCAGUCCAGGCUGCAUGGUGCCAAUGGCGAGGAUGCGGAGGAGGAUUACGAUGAGAGUGCGAGCACGUGGAAUCUGCGCAAGUGCAGUGCAGCAGGCCUGGACAUCCUCUCUCACGUCUUCGGAGAUGCGCUGCUGCCCAUCCUCAUGCCGCUCAUCCAGCCCUCUAGUCCCUUCUUCCCUCUCUCCCUCCAUUCACCCCCCCCUCCCCUUCUCUUCGCCCCCACCCUCCAGACGAAUCUUGCAGACCGAAGCGAGGGCAAGUGGAAGGAGCGGGAGGCGUCAGUGCUGGCUGUUGGGGCCGUGGCGGAGGGCUGCAUUGACGGGCUGCUGCCUGCGCUGCCGCAGAUGAUCGCGCACCUGCUGCCCCUGCUGGAGGACCCGCACCCGCUGGUUCGCAGCAUCACGUGUUGGACGCUGUCGCGCUACUCCAAGUGGAUCGCCCGCGCCGUGGAUAAGCCCGAGGGGCAGCAGCAGUUUGAUGCGGUUUUGACUGGGUUCCUGGCGCGCAUUUUGGACAAUAACAAGCGAGUGCAGGAGGCUGCGUGCUCAGCGUUCGCCACUCUCGAAGAGCCCGAGGGGCAGCAGCAGUUCGACGCGGUGCUGACUGGGUUCCUGGCAAGGAUUUUGGACAAUAACAAGCGAGUGCAGGAGGCUGCGUGCUCAGCGUUCGCCACUCUCGAAGAGCCCGAGGGGCAGCAGCAGUUUGAUGCGGUUUUGACUGGGUUCCUGGCGAGGAUUUUGGACAACAACAAGCGCGUUCAGGAGGCUGCUUGCUCCGCGUUCGCGACACUGGAAGAGUCUCUCCCCCCCACUUCUCCCGCACCACCGGAGCAGGAGGCAGUGGAUGAGUUGCUGGAUCGCCCACUCUGCAGCACCUCUCUUACCGAGGCAGUGGAUGAGUUGCCGGAUCGCCUGGAGCCCAUUCUGCAGCACCUGGCCUUCGCGUUCAGCAAGUACCAGCGGCGCAACCUGCGCAUUCUGUACGACGCAGUGGGGACUCUGGCGGACUGUGUGGGGGGUACGCUGCAAGAUCCGCGUUACAUCGCAGUUUUAAUGCCGCCUCUCACAGCCAAGUGGCAGCAGUUCUCUGACUUCGAUCGUGACAUCUUCCCACUGCUCGAGUGUUUCACCUCCGUCGCUCAGGCCCUGGGCCCCGCCUUUGCUCCAUAUGCCGAGACGGUGCUUGCACGCUGCUGCCAUAUCAUUAGAGUGCAGCUGGUAGCACAGACGGUGCUGGCCCGCUGCUGCCAUAUCAUCAGAGUGCAGCUGGUAGCACAGACGGUGCUUGCACGCUGCUGCCAUAUCAUUAGAGUGCAGCUGGUAGCACAGACGGUGCUGGCCCGCUGCUGCCAUAUCAUCAGAGUGCAGCUCGUGGCACAGAAGGCCCCAGCAGCAGCGGGGGCGCCAUACGACAAGGAGCUCAUCAAGGACCCAGCAGCAGCAGGGGCGCCAUACGACAAGGACUUCAUCGUGUGCGUUCUGAAUCUCAGCUCCCGUCCACCCCCCUCUCCUCCCCCAACCCACUGCCCUCUCCCAAUCGCAGAAGGACCCAGCAGCAGCGGGGGCGCCAUACGACAAGGAGUUCAUAGUGUGCGCUCUGGAUCUCAGCUCAGGAGUCAUCGAAGCCCUCGGAUCAUCGGUCGAGCCCCUGGUCGCCAAGAGCAGCUUGACGCACCUGCUGCUGCAGUGCUGUGCAUCAUUGACCUGGACGCCAACUUUCUCUGGAGUGAAGGCCUCCACUCUCUAUGUCUCUUCUGUGCCUCCUUCAAUCCCCACCCCCACCCCCAGGUCGCCAAGAGCAGCUUGACGCACCUGCUGCUGCAGUGCUGUCGCCAAGAGCAGCUUGACGCACCUGCUGCCGCAGUGCUGUGCAUCAUUGACCUGGACGCCAACUUUCUCUGGAGUGAAGGCCUCCACUCUCUAUGUCUCUUCUGUGCCUCCUUCACUCCCCACCCCCACCCCCAGGUCGCCAAGAGCAGCUUGACGCACCUGCUGCUGCAGUGCUGUCGCCAAGAGCAGCUUGACGCACCUGCUGCUGCAGUGCUGUGCAUCAUUGACCUGGACGCCAAUGAUGUGAAGCAGAGCUCGCUCGCUCUCCCGCAUCCCUCUGUGCCGCCCUCACUCGUCCCGCAUCCCUCUAUUGCCAAGAGCGGCUUGACGGACCUGCUGCUGCAGUGCUGUGCUGUGGACGCCAACGACGUCAAGCAGAGCUCCCUCGCCCUACUGGGUGACCUCACCAAGUCGUGUGUGCAGCAGGUGCGGCCGCGUCUCAACGACUUCCUCUCGGUGUGUGUGGCCCAGCUGAACGGCCCCGAGUCCUUUGUACACGAGCGGAUCUCCGUCGCCAACAACGCGUGCUGGGCGCUGGGCGAGCUGGCAGUCAAGGUGCGAGAAGAGAUAUCGCCAGCCGUGGUGCCAGUGCUGAACAACAUCGUGCCUGUCCUCACCUCCGCACAGAACCCACGGGGCACCAAUCUAGCGCUGGUGGAGAACUGUGCCAUCACGCUGGGCCGCUUUGCGUGGGUGUGCCCUGACGUGCUGGCUCCCCAGGCCUCUCACUUCCUGGUUCCAUUCCUCACCACGCUCAAAGGUGCGCACCCCCACGCGCUCCCACGCACCCCUUUCUCUAUCUCCCACCUGGUCCCACCCACCCCUUCCCCUAUCUCCCCACCGGCCCCACCCACCCCUUCCCCUAUCUCCCCACCGGUCCCACCCACCCCUUCCCCUAUCUCCCCACCGGCCCCACCCACCCCUUCCCCUAUCUCCCCCCCGGCCCCACCCACCCCUUCCCCUAUCUCCCCACCGGUCCCACCCACCCCUUUCCCUAUCUCCCGACCCGUCUCACCUAUUCCUUUCCCUCUCUUCGACCCACUCCCAACCACCCAAUUCCCUCUCUCCGCCACGCUCCCAACCACCCAAUUCCCUCUCUCCGCCACGCUCCCAACCACCCAAUUCCCUCUCUCCGCCACGCUCCCAACCACCCAAUUCCCUCUCUCCGCCACGCUCCCAACCACCCAAUUCCCUCUCUCCGCCACUCUCCCAACCACCCAAUUCCCUCUCUCCGCCACGCUCCCAACCACCCAAUUCCCUCUCUCCGCCACGCUCCCAACCACCCAAUUCCCUCUCUCCGCCACGCUCCCAACCACCCAAUUCCCUCUCUCCGCCACGCUCCCAACCACCCAAUUCCCUCGCUCCGCCACGCUCCCAACCACCCAAUUCCCUCUCUCCGCCACGCUCCCAACCACCCAAUUCCCUCUCUCCGCCACGCUCCCAACCACCCAAUUCCCUCUCUCCGCCACGCUCCCAACCACCCAAUUCCCUCUCUCCGCCACGCUCCCAACCACCCAAUUCCCUCUCUCCGCCACGCUCUCAACCACCCAAUUCCCUCUCUCCGCCACGCUCCCAACCACCCAAUUCCCUCUCUCCGCCACGCUCCCAACCACCCAAUUCCCUCGCUCCGCCACGCUUCCAACCACCCAAUUCCCUCUCUCCGCCACGCUCCCAACCACCCAAUUCCCUCUCUCCGCCACGCUCCCAACCACCCAAUUCCCUCUCUCCGCCACGCUCCCAACCACCCAAUUCCCUCUCUCCGCCACGCUCCCAACCACCCAAUUCCCUCUCUCCGCCACGCUCCCAACCACCCAAUUCCCUCUCUCCGCCACGCUCCCAACCACCCAAUUCCCUCUCUCCGCCACGCUCCCAACCACCCAAUUCCCUCUCUCCGCCACGCUCCCAACCACCCAAUUCCCUCUCUCCGCCAUGCUCCCAACCACCCAAUUCCCUCUCUCCGCCACGCUCCCAACCACCCAAUUCCCUCUCUCCGCCACGCUCCCAACCACCCAAUUCCCUCUCUCCGCCACGCUCCCAACCACCCAAUUCCCUCUCUCCGCCACGCUCCCAACCACCCAAUUCCCUCUCUCCGCCACGCUCCCAACCACCCAAUUCCCUCUCUCCGCCACGCUCCCAACCACCCAAUUCCCUCUCUCCGCCACGCUCCCAACCACCCAAUUCCCUCUCUCUGCCACGCUCCCAACCACCCAAUUCCCUCUCUCCGCCACGCUCCCAACCACCCAAUUCCCUCUCUCCGCCACGCUCCCAACCACCCAAUUCCCUCUCUCCGCCACGCUCCCAACCACCCAAUUCCCUCUCUCCGCCACGCUCCCAACCACCCAAUUCCCUCUCUCCGCCACGCUCCCAACCACCCAAUUCCCUCUCUCCGCCACGCUCCCAACCACCCAAUUCCCUCUCUCCGCCACGCUCCCAACCACCCAAUUCCCUCUCUCCGCCACGCUCCCAACCACCCAAUCCCCUCUCUCCGCCACGCUCCCAACCACCCAAUUCCCUCUCUCCGCCACGCUCCCAACCACCCAAUUCCCUCUCUCCGCCACGCUCCCAACCACCCAAUUCCCUCUCUCCGCCACGCUCCCAACCACCCAAUUCCCUCUCUCCGCCACGCUCCCAACCACCCAAUUCCCUCUCUCCGCCACGCUCCCAACCACCCAAUUCCCUCUCUCCGCCACGCUCUCAACCACCCAAUUCCCUCUCUCCGCCACGCUCCCAACCACCCAAUUCCCUCUCUCCGCCACGCUCCCAACCACCCAAUUCCCUCGCUCCGCCACGCUUCCAACCACCCAAUUCCCUCUCUCCGCCACGCUCCCAACCACCCAAUUCCCUCUCUCCGCCACGCUCCCAACCACCCAAUUCCCUCUCUCCGCCACGCUCCCAACCACCCAAUUCCCUCUCUCCGCCACGCUCCCAACCACCCAAUUCCCUCUCUCCGCCACGCUCCCAACCACCCAAUUCCCUCUCUCCGCCACGCUCCCAACCACCCAAUUCCCUCUCUCCGCCACGCUCCCAACCACCCAAUUCCCUCUCUCCGCCACGCUCCCAACCACCCAAUUCCCUCUCUCCGCCAUGCUCCCAACCACCCAAUUCCCUCUCUCCGCCACGCUCCCAACCACCCAAUUCCCUCUCUCCGCCACGCUCCCAACCACCCAAUUCCCUCUCUCCGCCACGCUCCCAACCACCCAAUUCCCUCUCUCCGCCACGCUCCCAACCACCCAAUUCCCUCUCUCCGCCACGCUCCCAACCACCCAAUUCCCUCUCUCCGCCACGCUCCCAACCACCCAAUUCCCUCUCUCCGCCACGCUCCCAACCACCCAAUUCCCUCUCUCCGCCACGCUCCCAACCACCCAAUUCCCUCUCUCUGCCACGCUCCCAACCACCCAAUUCCCUCUCUCCGCCACGCUCCCAACCACCCAAUUCCCUCUCUCCGCCACGCUCCCAACCACCCAAUUCCCUCUCUCCGCCACGCUCCCAACCACCCAAUUCCCUCUCUCCGCCACGCUCCCAACCACCCAAUUCCCUCUCUCCGCCACGCUCCCAACCACCCAAUUCCCUCUCUCCGCCACGCUCCCAACCACCCAAUUCCCUCUCUCCGCCACGCUCCCAACCACCCAAUUCCCUCUCUCCGCCACGCUCCCAACCACCCAAUUCCCUCUCUCCGCCACGCUCCCAACCACCCAAUUCCCUCUCUCCGCCACGCUCCCAACCACCCCUUUCCCUGUCCCCGCCCCGCUCCCACCACCCAUUUCCCUAUCCUGCUCCCCCAUUCCCCCGCCUUCCUCAGAAUCCGUGAUGACGUCGAGAGAGGAGGCAUUUAAAGGGCUGUGCGCUGUGGUGACUUGCGCUCUCAUUCUUCUCUUUCUCCUUUUGAGGCGCCUCAAAAGUCUAAUCCGUGAUGACGUGGAGAAGGAGGAGGCAUUUAAAGGGCUGUGCGCUGUGCUGCGCCUCAACCCCAUGGCAGCAUCCACGGCCAUCCACCCGCUGCUGCUCGCCAUUGGCAGCUGGAGGGAGAUCCACAGUGCAGAGCUGAAGGCUGAGAUUCAUCAGCUCCUUCAAGGCUUUAAGCAGAUGCUAGUGGAGGCAGGCACGUGGGAUCAAAUCCUGCAAUCUACCGACAAACCGCUGCUGCAGAAGCUCAGUGCGACGUACGGGAUCUAG